AUUUAUAUAUAUAUAUAUAUAUAUAGUUCGUCCAUCGUGGUUCGAUGAUGACCACUUUGUCAUCCAGGGGGCUGAGGGCUUUGCACUGGGGUUUUAUGCCUCCUCGUGUGGCUGGUGAGACCUAUGUGAGCCCGGAAUGUUCGGCCGCACACUGGGCAGGUUAUUCCAGCUGGAGCUUGCUUUUCUUCUCUGGCGUUUUUCUUCUGCCAGCGUUGUUCAUUUUUCCUCAGCAACCUGUGCGCCAGUUUUCACAGCGCGACGCCAUGAUGCUCUGUCAUGUGCCUCUGUCUCCCAGGUGCCUGGGUCUAUGCUGAACGCCUUCUGAGAAGCUUUGAGGGUGUCCCUGAAGCGCUUUCUUUGCCCACCUUGCGAGCGCUUUCCUUCGCAGUCUGACAGUCUGGCCUUGCCCAUGAAGCAAUAAAGUUUGAAGAUAAUUUGGAUUUUUACAAAAUAUGCAAAAUGGCCUUUGCCCGCGAUCAAUUCAGACACUAUUAAAAGUUAAUAGUUUAAAAGGACGUUAUUUUUAUUUAGAAAAAAAAACAAAAACGGCUAGCCUAUUUUAUUUUAAUUACCAAGCUGUUCGUUUUCGGAAGUUAAAAUCGGAAUUUAAAGAUCUUUUCCAUUUUUUAAAGAUUUAAACAAGAUAGACGGACGGGCGUACACAAUAUUUAAAAUCGUUUGUCAAUAAAAGUUUAUCUGGCUUUACAAAUGUUGUUGCGCCCCCACUUCAUUGGGAAAUUGAUUCUUUUUCAUUUUAGCUGUUUGUCUGUCGAAUUUACGCUGCUUAUAAAAGAGGAUCUAACGAUUUCCCUAGAACCAUGAUUCUUUCUCGGGGGGAAGGGGGGAUGGAGCGGGGUAAAAAAAUGUUUUGAAAUUUAAGAUUUAUUAAUUUUUAAGAGGAAAAAAAUCGCUUAAUAAGCUGCAUAAAGGAGGCAUUGUCUUUUUUAAACAAGUAUUUUCAACGUUUUUCUUGUGUUUGUGUGUGUGUGUGUGUCUUUUUGAGUAUUCUAUUAGGUUUUGUUUAUAAUUACUACAUUAUUUUUUAUUCUUCUACCCUGAAGUGUCUCAAAGUUUAAUGAUUUUACUAAAAGUCUUACUCUAAUCAAAUGUGAAUAUUUAUCACAUCGAACUCCCACUGCUGAAUAUUGUAAUCAAUGGGUGAGCAUUGACUUGGAGCAAACAAACUUGAUUCCUAUAGGACACAAAGAUAUUAAUGGGAAAAAAACAAAGAGGAGAAAUAAAAAUAAAGAUGGCUUGAGCUUUAUUGGUGUAAAUAUUGACGUGAAUAGAAAAGCCGCAUCAAGUUAUGAAAGCCUCGUUUGGCUUUGUAUUGAUUUCUGGAGGUGCUCGGCCCAGUCCAAGUUUAACCGGACAUCACUGACGUAGCGAAGCCGAUGAUUGUUCACGGUACCCGGAGCUUUCAUUUCUUUUGGCUGUGCUAAAUGACCAGCGGUCAGUUCGUCGCAUAGGUUCAUAAUAAAAAUUCAAAAAUUUUCUGUUUAUUAAAAAAAAAAGAACAUUUAAAAAAAAUUGAUUCGCAAUAAGAAGCCUACAAUGUAUAAGUAACAAGUCAUACUCGUGGACAAAGCUAUAGUGGAUGGUGUCUAGGAAUAGCUGUAAAUAUUAGCCUUAAUUAUAUCACAGUAAUAUUUUACAAUAUAGAAGUAGGCCUACUGGAUUAAAUACUAUAUGAUAAGAAUAUUUUUGACUUUGGGCGAUUUUGUUCCUAUGAUCAGUAAUCAAGACUAAAGUUGUGGGCAAGACACUACGACCACGUGUUCCGGUCUGAAGAAGUAAAGGAAGCACUUCUAUAGUCGGACAUGUCUCUUCAAGCUGUCGACCUGGAGCAGCUGGUCAAGGAUCACGCUGAAAAGUUUCUAGAAAAAGAUCAGAAGAAAGAAGCAGAUUUGAUUAGCCCACGAAUAGAUUGGUCCAAAAUGACCAUCAGUUAUGGUGACACCAAGUAUGCAAACGAAGGCAUGCCUUCCAAGCCAGUGACCCAUGUUCUCUUUUCUACUACCUUCUCCAACGACACGCCCAUAACCCAGACCUACACUUUGAAGACAGAGAGGAGAACCAGGUCCACCUGCGAGGUCUACUUCCACAAGACCUUCACCUACGGUGCUGAACUCAAGAUGACCCUCCUGCCACCGAAUCCAAUCAUCGACAUCAACGCUGGUUUCAAAGCAGACGUAACCAAAGAAAAAAGUCUGAACAGAACUAUAGAACAAGAACUGUUAUGGGGAAUGGACAGUGAGAUCACAGUCAGUCCUGGUCACCAGACCAAAGCAGAGCUGGUCAUCCAGGAGGGAGAAAUGAACGGAGAGUUUGAGAUGCUGACUACGUUUGAUGGCAAGGUGCUGGUGACAUAUGAGCACAAGAAGAGUCAAGACUUUAUCUCCACCAUAUAUGGCAAUGUCUCCAGGAUCUUCGUGGAUCAUGGAUUCACUCCAGAUGACCUGAAGAGACCAACUUUCCUGGUGAAAGGUGACUGCAAGUGUAGGUUCGGCAUUGACCAGUUCAUUAGAGUGACCGAGACCCCACUGGUCAAGCCUGGAGACAGUGGACAAGAAUAGAACCCAGAAUGAUUCUACUAUUCUCUCUGAUCUACUUUGGGAAACUGAUCAUAUUAAGUGUAAAUACUUUAAAUGAAACUGUGAAUAAAUAGAGAAAGCUAACAGUCUUUCAUCUAAAAUAUUGUAUUGAAAUAUUUAAAAAUCUUUAACAGUAUGUGCAGAUCUUGUCAAAGUGAUAUGGAAUUAUAUAGCCAUCGUAUAUUUCAUUGGAAAUAAUGGGCUCAUCUUCGACUGUGAAGGAUUUAUUUAUGUGUAGAGGGAGGAACUAGAAGUAACUGCAAAAGGUGAAUCAAAUGUAUUAUAAGACCAUGAUGCCAGUUUACAUAUGAUACACACAAGGACAUCCAAGCAAAUAGAGUAUCAUUUGAUAUUUCAGUAUUCAUUGAAUAUAUACAUAUUUCAGAUAAAGAAUUGCCUUCUUCAGAUUGCCCUCUGUGUUGAAUAGAAUCAGAUUGAUCUGCAAAGCACACAGUAUGUUCUAAUCAAAUAGCGCUAUUAGAGCAUGGAAUGGGUUGCCUGAGCUAGCCAGGAAAACCAGUGACUUGGCAGAAUUUAAGUCAGUGGUUAAUAUGCAUGACUAAAUGCAUGAUGCGUAGGACGUAAUCAUCUUCUUUUUUGAAGUAACGUCUGUAUUAUAUAAGAUAAGAUAAGAUAGAAUGGAGUAAAUCCAAAUAAAUAUUGUAAUGUGAGAAACAGUGUGCAAAGAUAUUUAAUGAACUUUUCAUUGUUCUAUAAUUUUUUUUUUAAACAACAUAAAGUCACAUGAGUAUCAUGCAGUUUCACAAGCUGAUAAAGUUCUUGGUGUUUCAAUGUGCAAAUUUUUUUUUACAUGAUUUUAUUUGAAACUCUCAAGACGCAAUAAAAACUGAUAAAUUGUAAAAUCACUUGAGAGCAAAGAGUUGAAGACAAAAUUUUAUUGAGUGGUACACAAUUAAUAACACAGAACAUAGACACCUAACUAUGCUUUGGUAAAUAAGUAAAUGUCUGAAUUGUAACUUUUUUUUAUAUAAUUGCUGUCUGAUUUCAUUUUAAAUUUGAUUUUGAUUGUAAAGGAAAUGAGAAACACUGUUCAGUGGUUUUUCCUUUGUAAAUUUGAGACAUAAUGUUAUAUCCUUAGUUCAUUUUUUUCAUGAAAACACUUCUGAAGUUGUUCAUCUAUUUCAAAUGCAUCCAUAAUGUACAGUUAAAGUUAAGUGACAGAUCAAAUGAAAUCUGUUGAAGUAUAAUUAUAGCUGAGAUUGUUUUGAAAAACAAAUUAUAAACUUCAUGUAAUUUAAAAGAUUUAAAUAAAAAACUUCAGAUAUGUAAAAAAAAUUAAUAACAAAGCACAAGUUUAAAAAAAAAAAUAUUAGUUUCAAAAUACUCCAAUCUCAUUAAGUGAUUAAAAACAUAUUCUUGCACUGUUGCUUAAAUAUAAGAAAAUUAAAUACGAAAAAAUUCAAUUUUAUUUUUGAACAUAAGUAAUAUAUAUCCCUGCAUUUCAUUUUUAAAUAGACAUUUAUAAACAGAUGUAUAAAUUGCACAAGAUCAAUACUUUUGUAUUAAUUUUUAUAAAAUACACGAGUUAAAAAUGUAUUUAAAAUAUAGAAUUCAAAUUAUCUGGCUGACUAGAAUAGCCUGAACACUUUGUAUGAAAUAAGAAGUACAAAAAAUAUAUCAGUACAAAAUAGUAAAAAUAUAUUUUUUUUAAAUUAAAUAAAAUAUAAUUAUAUUAUAAUUAUAUUAUGUAAACUUAGAUCCACCGGACAAAUAAUGUUAAGGUAUAUUGCGAUUGUCUAAAGAUCUAACUAUAAAGAAAAAUAGUGAACAUUUUUCUAGCAAUGUAUUAGACUAAGUAUGCAAAAAGUUAUUUUAACUAAACACAGAAUAAAAUUUUAAAAUAAAUAUACAAUAAUAGUUUCAAGAAAAAAUGAACAACAGACUCAAAUGUAAAAAAAAAAAAAAAAAAAAAAUAUAUCAAUUGAAUAAAUAAACAAAUUUGAAAUGGCAACAAAAAGAAACCUCAAGAUUUGAAAAAGAUAUGUGUAAAAAUACUAAUUGAUUCUGUGACUGAACUGGUACCCACGAUGAAGAUUGAUAAAUAUAUUGAAGAGUUCAUUUAAAAAUAGCUUCCAUGUUAGAUAACUUUUCAGGGCGCACUAGGAGUGAAUAUCCAACAGCUACAUUUAGUUUAUCGCACAAUGUUUAAUAGUAUGCUUUACUAUUUUGUAAAAUCUUCUACAUAGUUGAGGAUAAUCUACAUCCUAGCCAAACACACACAGCCCCCAAGGACUACAGGACCAUCGAGACUGAGAAACAGUCAAGCCUGUCUCGAUGGUCCUGUUUAUACCCUGCCCACUGCCCUGUAGUCCUUUGAGGGGCGGUGGGGGUGGGGUCUAGGAUGUAGAUUAUCCUAAACUAUGAAGGAACAUCUGAAAUAUGUAGAAGAUUUUACAAAAUAGUUAAGCAAACAACCAGGCAGCCAUCCUUUAAUUUAUUAUUCACAAUUUCAAUUUGUAAGCAAGCUUUUAAACUAAAACAAUUAUACUAUAAAGCAAAAAUAUACACACAUUUUUUUAAGUAGUAAUUUUAGAUAGACGUAAAAAAAAUAUUACAUAAAUUUUCUGCUGGAUAAAGAAAAAAUUACAUUCUACAAAUGGGUGAGUGAAAACAAGAAGUGAAAUAAAUUUAAUACAUUUUUAAAAAGUGUAGAUUGGCAUAAACAAGAGUAUUAAUACUAUGAUUAAAAUCAUAAUAUGUCAAAAUUUGAGUCAAUUUUAUUAUUUCAAAAACUUGUGGAUGCUCAUAUAAAAAAAAUGCUAAAGUAGGCCUAUAAAUGACGAGGUAAAACUUCAAAAAUUUUAGUUGGCAACACACAUAGCCUAUAUACAAUGCAAUUUAAUGUAAAGAGCUAUUGGGCCUAUUUAAAUGCUCAAAUGUUACAGUAAUAGACAGAAAAAGUGCAGUGAUUUCUAAAAUCGGAAAUGGUACCAUUAUCAGGUGUUUAUUUAAGCAGUCUGACAUUGGUUUUCAUUAUCAAAAGAUUCACUGGUAUAUUUAGUUUCCCCCUAGCCUGUCGAGGUCAUCUGUUU